AGCGUUAUACAAAGACUAGACGACGUGUUUUACUUAAACAUCUUUGGAGUAAUAAUUUUGCAGAAAGGAAAUCUCCACUCUCAACACACCUCGGACGAUUUUCCCUCACAUUCACGUUGUUGUUGGUGGUUGAAUUAUUGCAUGCAUGUUUCUAUCUCCGUCUCUCCAGCAAAUACAGGGCCAGAAGUUGCUAGAAAGAUAGAAACCGGACGGUGUACAUCUUUAGAAUUUACAUACAUGCAUGUCAAGGAAUGAAACCAAUCCCUCCUUGCCGCUGACUAGGCAAGCCAAAAAGGUCCCGUGGAAGAUACCCGAAACUACAUUUUUAAAUCCUCAAGUUGUAGUAGCACUUUGGAUAAAAAUCCUACACGCUUGCAAGAGCUGAACCCAGGUUUGGUUUGGUGGAACAAAACAAACCUAGGAAGUCAUAGCCCUUGCGCCGAAUGUGUGUAAAAUAACAGAAGCACCACGUAAUGGACCAGUAUAAACUAUGAUCAUUAUGCUAAUGAAACAUAUUGCUGUCCAGCUGUUGAGUUCCCACAUCAUCCCACCCACCAACUUUUAUUAUUCGAACACAUCCCCAAGCCUCCACAAUCCCCAUAGACUACUAUAAAUUCUAGGAGGGGACGAAUUUUCCUUCUCAUCAAUUAAUUGUGCACGAAAUACCAAUUCUGUCCCAAAUAUUAUACUAACAUAUUAGAAGCUGUCCAAUUCCAAUGGUUCCUUGUGUUAAAGCAAUGGUUGCGCUUGUCCUAGCGUUUCUAAUCUCUUUGCCUUCUAUGGUUGCCUAUGCUGGCAACAUGUACCAAGAUGUUGAUGUCACGUGGGGAGAUGGCAGAGGCAAGAUUCUGAACAAUGGUCAGCUUCUUACUCUGUCUCUUGACAGAGCCUCUGGCUCUGGCUUUCAGUCCAAGAAUCAGUAUCUAUUUGGCAAAAUUGACAUGCAAAUCAAACUUGUGCCUGCAAAUUCCGCUGGCACGGUCACCGCUUUUUACUUACGUUCAGAAGGGUCAUCUUGGGAUGAGAUAGAUUUUGAGUUCCUGGGAAAUCUGAGUGGUGAUCCUUACAUAGUUCAUACUAAUGUGUACACACAAGGCAAGGGUAAUAGGGAGCAACAAUUUUAUCUUUGGUUUGACCCAACUGCAGAUUUUCACACCUAUUCCUUUCUCUGGAAUCCUACACAUGUUGUAUUCUAUGUUGAUGGAAGACCAAUUAGGGAGUUCAAGAACUUGGAGGGAGUGGGUGUUGAAUACCCAAAGAAGCAGCCUAUGAGGUUAUAUGCCAGUCUAUGGAACGCUGAUGACUGGGCAACGAGAGGAGGGCUAGUGAAGACAGAUUGGAGUCAAGCACCAUUCACUGCUUCUUUCAGGAACUUCAAAGCCAAUGGUUGCGUUUGGUCCAAUGGGGUUUCUUCAUGCAACUCCACCUCCUCUUCUGAAAAAGCUUGGCUAUAUUCUCAACGGCUUGAUUCCACAAACCAGAAGAAGCUAAAAUGGGUGCACAAGAAUUACAUGAUUUAUGAUUACUGCACAGACCUUAAGCGAUUCCCUCAGGGUCUCCCUCUCGAAUGCACAGUCCGCACCAAGUCAUAACAAAAAUAUAUGCAAACUGCUAUUGUAUUUGCAUGUGUGUGCAUUCCAUUUUCCCAUUACACUGCAUCGCUUCUCAAUCUCAUUCUUUAUGCAAUUAAUUUGGAUACAAAGGGCAUCGUAAUGUAACAAUUAAUGUUUAUUAAAGUAAAAAAAAAAAAAAGGGAUACUAUUUCUGAGCAAUAAAGUAAGACUUGCAACUUGUUGAGGA